UCAAGAAAUAUCUCUUAUCGCUUUCCUUUCUCUCUCUAGAGUCCCAGAAGCUAACCGCAACUUUCUAGCUGUAAGGAAUGGCUCCAAAGGCAGAAAAGAAGCCGGCCGAGAAGAAGCCUGCGGAAGAGAAGAAAACGGUGGCGGAGAAAGCCCCUGCGGAGAAGAAGCCGAAGGCCGGAAAGAAGCUACCGAAAGAGGGUGGCGCGGCGGCCGGAGACAAGAAAAAGAAGAGGUCGAAGAAGAGUACCGAGACGUAUAAGAUCUACAUCUUUAAGGUCUUGAAGCAGGUCCAUCCAGACAUCGGUAUUUCCAGCAAGGCAAUGGGUAUCAUGAACUCCUUUAUCAACGAUAUUUUCGAGAAGCUUGCACAGGAAGCUUCGAGGCUAGCGAGGUACAACAAGAAACCGACAAUUACUUCGAGGGAGAUUCAGACGGCUGUGAGAUUGGUGUUGCCUGGAGAGUUAGCUAAGCACGCCGUGUCUGAGGGGACUAAGGCGGUGACCAAGUUUACUAGCUCUUGAAGCGGUGGCGGUGAACAGGGGAUCCCUUUGGUGUGUUAGUGAAUUAGGAUUUCUUGUGUGUAGUGUUAGGCUUUAGGUAGUAUAUGACAUAUUUUUCUAUUUCUAGUGUAUUAUUAAAUUUAAUAUUUGGGUUUGUAAUCCAAGCUUGGAUCUGCUUGAUAUGAGUAUUUAUAUGGUUGGAUUCAAAAUGCAGAAUUGCUUAAUUGUGUUUAA